AUGGCGGCGGAGGCGCAGCCCCAAAUCGUGGUCGAGGUGGCCGACCAACCACCUUCGCCGAGACGACCGAGCCGCGCGUUGAAACCGAGCGCGAAAGCUCGCGAAGCCAUGCAAUCGCUCGAGGACGUGGCUACCACGUCGAGGAGAGCGGCGAGCGAGACCACGCGGGCGGUUACGACGCGAGGAGCACGCGCGUCUGGGAUUUUAUAUGGAGCCAACAGCCGGAUCGAGACGGGGAAGUCAGGUAUACAGAUGCUCCUGGAGGCGAUCAACGAACAACGAGACGAAAUGUACCGAAUGAUUACCGAGCAGCGAAACACGAUUGGCGAACUACGCGAGGUGAUUUGCAAGCAGCACGACGCGAUUCAAGAACUACAUCGCCAACUUGCAGACACCAGGACCCAGCUUUCUGAAGAACUGAGACAAGCGCGGGAUCAGAUUGAUACCCUUCAACGCCACCCGGUAGCCAUGGCUUCGUCCCAACCAAGCGCAAGAGGGUCAUACGCCGAAGUCGCUCGCACCCCACCAUCAAGCCAGCCAAGCGGUGUGCGCACCCUCUCCUCGCGAAACACGACGCCUUCAUCCUUUACCGACACGUUGUUCUGUACGAUCGAUACAUCUAGGGUGGAGGAGAAAGAGAAGGGAAACGUCCAGGUGGCGGACAUUAGAAAGGCAAUCGAGACAGAGGCCAGGGCACAGGAAAGCAUGGGAGACUGGCGUUGCGCUGCGGUUGUGAAGGAGGCCCGAAACCCGGACCGAGUCAGAGUAAUUUGCAGGGACGAAGGCGAGGUCCAGCUCGUCAAGGAAGCGGCAGUGAAGAUCAGUGUUCCUGGAGUGCGGGUAUUGAGAGACCAGUUGUACCCGGUGAGGGUAGACAAUGCCAACCGAACAGCGGUCCUCGAUGCGGACGGAAACAUCCUGCCGGGAGCCGCAGAGGCGCUAGGGGCAGAGAACGACGUCAACAUUGCGAAGAUUGCCUGGCUCAGCAGGAAGGAUACAAGCAAGGCCUACGGCUCGAUGGUUGUCUACGUGACGAAGGGCAGCGAAGCAAGGCGACUUCUAGACGGGCGUUACUUCCAUCUCGCCGGAGAAUCCGCUUACACGACCGUUUUCGCGCCCCGGGAAGGCCCAAUCCAGUGCUACAGAUGCCAGGAGAUCGGCCAUAAGGCCUUCGCCUGCAAAAAGCCGCAAAGAUGCGGAAGGUGUGCGGAACAGGGUCACCACCACAAGACGUGUCAGUCCGUGGUCCUGAAGUGCGUGCUAUGCAGAGGACCACACGAGUCAUUUAGCAAGAACUGUCGGGACUUCGCAGUGCUGGCCCAUCUCCGAAACCAUAUGCCCAGGCUGAUCGAAGGCUCGGUGACGACGGUCCCCAAUGAGUCAUCACAACUGGACGAAGCUUAUACCAACGACAAGACGAGAAACCACGUGGCCAAUUCGGAGCAUGCUAUGGGUACGAAGCGAUAUAGAGGUCGAGCAGAUUCCAGUGCCGUCGGCAGACCUCACCGCAGCACGCAUUCGGCUCCCAGAUCGGGCAGUGCUGAUGGUGUCAGUCAGACCAACUACUCAGAUGCGCGAUUCACCCCUGCGAACCAUGGCUCAGACCACAGAGCAAUCGAGACAGCUUUUGACACCUCGGUGGAGGACCGUCCCAGUGAGACGAGGUUCCUCUUCAAGAACGCGCCCUGGGCGGAAAUUAGGACUAGGGUGGCAGCAAACCUCGAACGCAUCCCCUGGGACGGCAAUGUCCAGCAGCAGACGGACAGGCUCAUGGCAGCGGUAACCGAGGCGGUCUACGGCCUGACACCUAAAGCCAAACCCUCACCAUACGCCAAGCGGUGGUGGACAACGGACCUGACACGGCUUCGCCAGACAUACACGUUUUGGAGAAACCAGGCGAGAUCUCGACGUAGGAUUGGGCAAACAGCACCAGAGCUCGAACAACGAGCCAGGAUGGCAGCCAAAGAGUACCACGACGCCAUCCGCAGACAGAAGAGUUCGCAUUGGAACGACUUCCUGGCCGAUGACGCUAACAUCUGGCAAGCAACGAAGUAUCUGCAAACCGGCAGCGGCACGAUGGGCGAUAAGAUACCCCCGCUCGUCCGACCCGAUGGCUCCAUCACGGAGGGUAAAGCAGAACAAGCGCAGGAGUUACUCACCGCCUUCUUCCCACCUUUGCCAGCGAGAAUCGAAGACGAGGGCCAACGACCUCAACGGGCGCCGGUACACAUGCCAGACCUAACAAUGGAGGAGAUAGAACAAAAGGUCCUGUCCGCUAAGCCAUGGAAGGCGCCCGGGGAAGACGGUCUACCGGCAAUGGUAUGGAGACAGCUCUGGCCAGUGGUCAAAGACAGGGUGCUCCAUUUAUUCCGGACGUCGCUUCGAGACGGCGACAUCCCCAGCCAGUGGAGGAAUGCCAAGAUCAUCCCAUUGAAGAAGCCAGGGAAGAGCGAAUACACUCUAGCCAAGUCCUGGAGACCCAUCUCGCUGCUCUCCACGCUGGGUAAGAUACUGGAGGCAGUCAUUGCGGAGCGUUUAUCCCAUGCUGUGGAGACCUGCGGCCUUCUACCCGCCAACCACUUCGGAGCCAGGAAGAGACGCUCGACCGAACAGGCUCUCCUUCUGCUUCAGGAACACAUCUACAAAGCAUGGAGAGCUAGGAAGGUGCUCAGUUUGAUCAGCUUCGAUGUCAAGGGCGCAUACAAUGGGGUCUUCAAAGACAGGCUUCUCCAGAGGCUCAAGGCAAGAGGGAUACCUGAACCCCUGGUCAAGUGGAUCGACGCCUUCUGCUCCAAGCGCACAGCGACCAUUGCCGUAAACGGGUUCACAUCUGGACGGCAAGAGCUGCCCCAAGCGGGUCUUCCGCAAGGAUCGCCGCUGUCUCCAGUGUUGUUCCUCUUCUUCAACGCCGACCUAGUGCAGCACAAGAUCGACGCGAACGGAGGCGCAAUUGCCUUCGUGGACGACUACACUGCCUGGGUAACGGGCCCGUCAGCGGAGUCGAACCGCACUGGAAUCCAAGCUAUCAUCGACAAAGCCCUUGACUGGGAGAAACGGAGCGGUGCGCAGUUUGAAGGCGAAAAGACAGCCAUCAUACACUCCACGAGGAACAUGGAGCGAUUUUCAGAACAACCGUUCUCGGUCAAAGGCGAAGUGCACAUUGCUAGGACGGCAGCUAAGGGCCUCGCAGCCGCUCUGGCCCUGAAGAGGCUGAAGAUGCUUUCCCCGCGGACAGCGAGACAGCUAUUUGUUGCGACAGUAGCCCCGGUCAUGGACUACGCUGCCAAUGUCUGGAUGCAUGCGUGCGGGGAAAAGGCACUGAGCUGGCUGAACAGGGCGCAGAAAAUCGGGGCCCUGGCCAUCACGGGAGCCUUUCGAACCGCGGCAACAGCCGUGGUGGAAGCUGAAGCGAGCAUCUACCCCGUACGAGAACGACACGCCCAGGCGGCAGCCAGUCUGUGGAUCAACAUCCACACGCUGCCCGGAACGCAUCCCCUUGCCAUGAAGAAAGUCCGGACCACCGUACGAUUCGUAUCUCCGCUGCAGAAAAUUGCCCGCGUGGCUGAAGGAGUACGAGUUGACCGGAUGGAGACAAUCCAGGAAUACGCCGUCCCGCCCUGGGUACCUCGCCUACGACCGACGCUCGAAGCCGAUCGAGGGAAGGCGGCCGAGAUGCCGCGGCAGCAAUCCGGCCAAAGCAUCAUACGGCAAAUCUACGACUUGGCCAGGCUGCACCGACAAAGAGGGAACUCGGUCAACUUUCUGUGGAUACCAGCGGAGAUUGACUUCGCGCUGGGGUCAGAUGCCAAGGCAGCAGCCCAGAGAGCGUCGAAGCAAGGACGCACACCCGACUCCCAAAUACCCCAGGCCAAGUCUACCGCGAUGAGGCUGGCAAUGGAAAGACAACGGGCGACAAGAGUUCUACCUGUAAGCGUGGGCAAGUUCUCAAAGGCCAUGGACGCAGCACUACCAGGCAAGCACACGCGCCAUCUCUAUGACAAGCUGAAGCGAAGGGAGGCCUGCGUAUUGGCGCAGCUCCGAACCGGAAUGGCGAGACUGAACGGUUUUUUGAGCAGGAUUGGGGCGGUCGAGUCAGACCUUUGUGCCUGUGGACAAGCGAGGGAAUCAGUGGAACACUUUCUUUUUCCGAUGCGUGAGAUGGACAGCUCUGAGGGAAGACAUGCUGCAAUGCACAGUGGCAAGACGAGGAAGCCUCUCGUUCUAUCUGGGAGGGAAAGCGCCAUCAGAUACAAGGCAUUGGUCACCAGAUAUGAAGGCAGUCCGGGCGACGAUCAAAUACGCAAUGGCAACAGGAAGGCUGGAGCUGAAUGA